CCCCCCCCCACCCCGUUGUCCUUCGUUGGCCGUGAGCAGUGCUGGCAAUGGUUCUAUCUUGCUUCCUGGAGUUCAGCCCUCUUUAGGCCACCUGUCUGGUCUUUUAAACACCUUCCAGCUGCUAGGAAUGUAGAGCAAGUGCAUGAUGCGGACUGUAGCUGUGUGAGGAAAGGCUAGCGAUGGCCCUCAGAAGGGGAAUGGCCCUGUUUCUGUUUGUUUUAUCUGUUUGGCCUGUAAUGUGAUGGAGGCGAUGGACUCAAAGCUUUUGGCUGGAGCUAUAGCAUAUGUUCUUCUCGGCCUCUGUGUGUGAAUAGACUUUGGCUUAUUUCAAUUUUAGAAAUUGGUUGGUGGGUGUUAUAUUUUAGUUUUCGUUUCAGCAUGUAUUGUUUCUUUUUUGAACUUGAUAAUGUUCAUGUCGUGUGUUUUUCUAGAUAUUCAGACAAUAGACAUUAUUUUUGUUCCAGAGUACCUUUAAAAUAGUCUGAGGUGGACCUUUUUGGAGUGAAACAUUUUGUCAUUUUCUGACCCUUUUAUUUGUAGAUGGAAUCUUGUAUGUAUGUAUGUAUUGUAUGUAAGUGGCAUCAGGUAGAUUGAAAGCAGAGCAUAAAAGCUUUGAAAAUUCAGUACUUUCAUUACAAGGAGCAUUUUCCAUAAGGUUGUAUAUUUGGCAGGAAUGGAAGUGAUACACCAAAAUUGUAACUCAUUUUGGUUUCUUCACUAGUGCUUUGUAGAUGUGCAUGCACGCUUAGGCAGUGCUGACCUUUGAGCUCGACCUCUGCUGUGACCGUUGUGCCUUGUAAGUCAGGAAAUUUUUUUUCCCUGUCUCACUUUGGAGCGCCGCCGCUUCUGCUCUUGGGGGUGCGGAGCUUACGGACUUGGAAGCUUUCAUGAGCAAGUAAAAUUGGUGCAAAUGCCACGAUUCAUUUUUAAGAGGGGGUUCACAAUUAAAUGUCACAAUUGCAAUUGGCUUGUAUCACCAAAUCCUCUCACCACAGGCUUCACUCCAUUUGGGAGUUGGUUCAUUUGAUCCAUACAGGCUCAGCCUGAACAAAGGAGAUGUUCUGAAGCUGGGUUCUAAACCAUUUCAGUACUGCUCACAGAACGUUGUGGUCCAAUCUGCAUAAAUAUUAUAAUAACAUGAUUAUUAUAAUAAUGCAGUAUGAAAUUAGAAGUUUUACUAACUGUUCACUUGCAUUUGUUUUGCAGAAGAUGUUAAUUGCCAGCUUAUAAAGUGCUUAAAUUAUUUGAUACACUCACAUAAUUUUUUUCGAAACUGCUAACACGAGUGUUAAAAUAGCCACCAAAAGCGAACCACCCAAUCCCUACUUGCCUGAGAACAGUGGUAACAUUCCACUCACAGGCUUAAUCAAUUGCUUCCCUCACAAACAUGUGAAACGCAUAGAGAGAGAGAGAGAGAGAGAGAGGCGUAAAGCCGUAAUUUGGUUGUUUUGCACAGAUCUGAACUGAACAUUCAAAAUGCGAUUCACCUUAGUCUCUUUACUCUGCCCCUCACUGAAGUCUUUAGAGUGAGUUUCAGUAGAACCAGAAGUCUAUUGCCUUUGGACAUCAGUACCUAACUGCAGGCACUUGCAUCCCCCUGGCAAGACGGGGCUCUCUGGCUGUAUCUGAAGGAAGGUGAAGUAUUUUUCCAGUUUCAUGAUUUUUUUUUGCUCCAAAUUGGCCUUACCUUUUCUGGCCUCUUUUUCAUUUUUAUAUAUAUAUACAUGAUUUAUUUUUACUUUGGUUUCUUUAUCCCCAGACCUAUUAUAUAAAUGGCUUUAAGUGUGACAGUCUGGAUUGCUUCUCACCGUUCAGUAGACGGGGAGCAGCCCACUGGGUGAAACCUCAGGAGGUGUCCUGACUGGGGUAGGGGCCAGAGGGGAUGGCGGGUGCAGGAGCAGGCCUCGUUCUCCAUGUGGACUUUCCCCAUGUGUCCCGUCUUUGGGGUCACACAUCAGUUCUGUUAGCACUUCUAUCCAGGCCCUGCAUUUGUGUCACACCCGCAGAUAUACAUGGCUGACCCCGUGACUGCCCCCACCCCCGGCUGGGUGGCUGUACCAGCUCCCACCUCUCUAACCUCAGUAUCUACUUUAGAUUAACACCCCUCCCCCCCCAGUGUCUCUGGGACACGAUUUAUAGUUUUCAGUAUCAGUAUUUAUAGUAGUCAGCAUGGCCUCUUGUGGCUCUGCACAGGCAGUAUUAUUUGGAUGCUGGUCUCCUUCUCCUCCUUGGUUCAUUGUCUGCCCCAUGUGGUAUAUUUUCUUUCACAUUCAUAACUGCCUGUUGCUGUCAUUGAAAUGUUACAUGUUGUUUUCUUUUAGGAUACAAGUAUUAACGUCAACAUGAACUAUUAAUGGAAGUCCAAAUUCGGCUUUCCUCGUUGAAGAAUAAAUUUAAGAAAUGUGGUCUAGUAAUAGUGGAUUUUGAUAGGUUUGGCACCUGAACAACUGCAGGAUGGCUGUCAGACGGAACAUCUCCCAUUUUUAGUGUCGAUACCAUCAUGAUAACGGGCAGGACUGCCUUCACUACACUGUGAGUCGGUUCAGUAAAUGCCCAUCUGUGGCAGACAGGCGCUGUUGUCAUGGCACCAACUCCUGUUGCCCCUGGUGACCAAAGGCCUAUCCGUCACCGUUAUCUUGCGUCACUCACAUCCUUCCAUUCAAGCGGCGAUAUUUCACACCUCCCUCCCCCUACCCCCACCCCGCUUUCCCUGGGCAGGGUGUGUCCGAUGUCAGGUAGGGAUGCCAGCAGGAAUCAGACUUUUAGUUCUGCCAAAACAAGGUUUGUUGCAUGAGUUGGAUGAAAAUGAAUUUCCUUCCUUGCAAGUCUCUAUUUUUAUGAUAAAUGUGUCAUAAAACCACCGACAAUUACCAAGAAACAGCCAUCAUUAUGUUAAUAAAUUAUGUAGUUUACAUAGAAAUUUUAUAGUCUCUGGGUAUUAUGUGCAUAGGCAACAUUUAAUUUAACAGUAUUGAUGUUGCUUUAACAUGAACUAAAAAUGUAUAGAAUAGCGAAGGAAAGUUUCGUAUGUGUUGCUAGGAUGUUUUUGCCAUUAAUGCAUUAAUGCAGACCUCAUGUAGGGAGGGGUGGCAGUGGCAGUAUCGUUCUGUCAGUAGUGAAAACAUUCAGUCCCAGAGACGCUUAACCCAUCAAAUCUCAUUCAAGGCCAUAGUCCAGUUUAUUCUAGCAUUCAGAUAUUUCUAUUUUGCUUUUCAAAUUUCAUCGGGUUUCUCUUAUUACUGUUAUAACUGAGUAAUUAAAAGAUUUUCCCUCUGCUGGAUGUGUCUGUGGUAUUCAGUAGGCAAUCUGGAACGCUGUGUAGUGAAAAGACAGGCAGAUUUCUGCCAGCGGUGACACUGGAAGGGAUGGGGGUGGGGGGGACCUCUACCCCCACCCAUCUCCACUCUCCAUCCCAUCAGAGGAGGCAAGGGUUUCUGGGACACAUGGCUCUGGGAAGCCCCCUCAUGCUGGGUAUCUCAUACUCAGGACCCUCCACCCGGCUGAACACAAAUGGGAUCUGUUACCAUUUUUUUAAAUAAAACUAGUGUCUUGAAUCCAGCUUCACCCCUCCCCUGGAGUGUUUGAUUUCCUUCUGGUCACUGCUUUAGAUGUCUAAGGUGUUUCUUAGCUCAUUCUGUCUGCCUCUGCUCUUUUGGGAGGAUAAUCUCACUGGACCUCGUUACCCAUUACUUCUGUCUUCUGGGAGGCUGCCGACACUUAAACAUAUAUAUAAAUAAAUAAAAAGGAAUAACAUGGUAUUCAAGCUGUCCAAAAAAUGUGUAAAGGCAACAGCUGAUUUGCAGCCAGUUUGAGUUUACCAACGUAAACAUCAAUGACCAGGUAAACCCCAGGUGUUAAAAAGAUGACUUCACGUUACUGAAAUCAACAGAUUUAGGAAUGGAACUGCAGUUAGAUUUUGUACAAAACCAUGCUUUUUAAAUUCCGCUUUGGUUACAACCAAAAAAUGGAAAUUGAAUAAAAAUAAACAUUUUAUCUUUUUAUUGGUGGCUUCAUUUAAAUGGACUUUGUACCUACUUUAUGUGUGUCUUAAACUCUUUCCUCAGCUCUAAUGGCUGUUCAGUACUGCCAUGUCACAAAGGAAAUAUUCAGUACAGCCCGUCCGCCCCAUUAAAGAAGGCAUGCUUUUGGAAUAAGAUGACAGUUUUUUUGUCUAAGAGCUUCUGAUGGUCACAAUCAGUACAUGUAUACUUUACUUAGCUGUGUGCAAUGUAAAUAAGUAGGCUAUGAAAUUGGCUUGGAUAUCUUUGUGUAAUGUCAGUUUAACCUUGCUGUAAUUAAAGUAUCCUUUUGUGUGUUCGUGCAUCAUGUGGUAUGUUUUAGACAUAAUCGGUCACCCAUCCAAAGGAAGCGUCACGACGUAUCAGAGUUGGCGCUGUAGUGCUUCUGCUCCAUUGGCCACUGUUGUCACAAAGAGGAGAAAAGUUUAUAAGGUGGUUCUAAUCUCCCGGGGGGUUGAGCAGGUUUGUUAAAUCUGCUGUCCUGCUCUGCAGCAUGACCAUGGAAGUGUGUUAGUCCUGAAAAGCAAGCUAAUCAGAGAAACACUGGGUGCAGGAUCACCUGUUAUACCAAAUUGUUGACCGCACUAAUCACAGUGUAUUUUGUCCGCUGAGAAAGUGUCACUUCAGUAUGACCGUGAUUGUGCCCAUUUUUAGCUAUUCCGAAGUCGAUAAGGUUCAACAACUUUAGGUACUUAAAAAUGCUGAAAUUCCAUGAUUGCCUAAUGUUAAUGAAAUCAAAACCAAAAUGUUUUGAGAAUUUUUUUUACCACUAUCUGGUGGUUAAAUGACUAGAAUUAACUUCAAAAUUCUUCAUUGUAGAACAAAGUCUAGGUCUCUAGGUUCUGUCCUAGUGGAAUUUUAGUGUCACAAAAUAAAAAGAUCAAAAAAUAUAACCGAAUGGGAUGGGACAGUCGAUGCCGGUCUGUCUCUUUUUUUUUUCUCUCCCCAUUAUUCAGCAGUUCGGUAGCCUGUUUGGAUCAGUGGUACACGAGCAGCCCAACAUGGGGGAAUCAUGGGAAAGCAAUAAGUAAGGAAUGGGGGGGGGUAAGCUUAGCGUUCACAUUCCAGGCUCUAAUUCCAGUGACCAGUACAGAUCCCUCCCCUCCCUGUCCAUCUGCUGGGCAUUUCUGUAUUUCUUUUUGUUAAACAGGUGACUCAUUUUCCCCACUGGAAAUACUACAGCUGUCACAAGGACAGAUUCUUACAUGGUCACAUGGCCGCCUGUUAGGACAAUAACAGAAGGCCACUCCCCUAACACAGCACAGCGCAGGCCCACAAAUAGUGCUUAGCCUGUAACAACAACAUGACCAGAGGGGCCAAAACCAAGAGCAGGGGACCUAAACAAAGCUGAGGGAUUAUAAUAAGCAGGCUUCACUCGCUGCUGUGCAGAGUGUUGGAAAGAACAGUCUCUCCACUGUGUUUUUAAAAGCGUGAGCCACAUGGAAGCAAUUUGGGUGCUGGCGGUGAAAUCUACUUGUUGACAACAAUGUCAGCAGACAGGCAGUGCGGGGACACGUGCUCUCAGUGGCUGCAGACCGCUCGCUGCGGUCCCCAUUUUUCUAUUUUUUUUUUGGUACUUUGUGAAAUACUUUGCAUGACAGACAUUCUUAAACGAUUUUUUUUAUAUAUGUGUUUAAGCUGAUUUCCAUUAUUUACAAUACUUGUGCCAAGGUUAACAAAAAACAAUGCCUUUAUUUCAUUCUUUAAGUUAUAGGAUGGAAUAUGAAAUGUGUGAAAAUGGAACUGGAUUAACUCAUGUGCUCCAGGUCUCCUCUGGAGGAAUCUGACUGGUCUUAGGGAGGAGUUGGAGCCUGUCGGGUUUACGGCCGAAUGGCUGGAGAGACGUGCAAAUGAACAGAGGUGUAUCCGUUAUGAUUUGCAGUGUCUUUCCUCAGUGUUGUUAGAACGCCUCAGAAUAGCGUCAUGUGACAUCAGUUUGUUGGUGUCUGAAGAUCAGUGUCCUUAAAGCCUGUUUUGGAGCAAUUACACCAAAACACUUAAACUGAGGACCUUUCUCAGCAUCUGAUCUAUGUCUUUAAGAAGCGACAUCUGAGAUGGUAGCCCACUCUGCAAGCAGUAGCUUUCAAAAUGAUAACUCUGCUUAACAAAGAUAACACUGUUGGUUAGUUGUGUGUGGAAAUAAAUGAAGUCACCAUCCUAGCAUACUCGGUUACAUUUUCACUCUCAAAGGGUCCUGUGUGUUGAAGGCAUCAUGCUGGUAGCGUCCCUCAGUGUGAUUCCCAGCUGAAAGAAAGGGAAGCAAAGGGAUGAGCAAUUUGAAAGCAUUCUUGAACAUCUGGCAGCCUCCUCUUUCCUGUGUUCUCUCCUGCUCUGCGGUUCUCAACAACGGUGCUUUUUUGAAUGCAAUUAAAAAAUGUGCAUUUUUCUUCCUAAUAACAUUCCAUACGCAUGCUUACAUUAUGAAAAUUUAAGCAAAACUUUUUACUUGUAUGUUUCACAACGAAGUUUGCAUGAUUAUUAUAUUCCUUGUUUUUGUCAGGCUGAAGUCUCUAUCAGCCAGCAUAAAGAAAAUAAGCAGCUUUUGCCACUGUGACAGUCGGCUUUUUCAUGUUUGGUCUUUAGCUUUUUCUGCUUUUCUUGAUCAUCAUUGAUUAUUCAGAAAUCGCCAAGUAUGCCCAAUGCUGAGGUUUGAAUUAAACCUUCUCCUGUCUAAACAGUAAGAAGUAUCACUUCUUUCUGUUUUAGGACCAUUAUUCUCACAUAUGGGAAAUGUAGCCGGUUUUCAUUAGACGGUUUCUCUAUUAGACCAUAAACUUUAUUUUGUUUGUGUGUUCGUCUUCAUCGGUUUGUUCUGGAAUCCCACUGAUGGAAAAACAUUAAAAUACCAGAGAGCCUACCCCCGAUCUACAGUGAGGCUUUCUUGCUAUGCUAAGAGCUGCUUUUAUUUUGGUGAAUCUUUGGGUGCAUUUUUAAAAAUCAUUUUAGCAACUGUACAGUGAGAUAAUGUGCAUCUUGUUGCCUUUUGGCAGACCAUCAGAGCAGUUGUGUAAAUACUAGGUAAAAGCAGCCUUUGAGAUUACCUGCCAUUUCAUCUCUUCUGGCAUUCCUGCAGUUUGAGGUGUGCCUUUGAGGCCAGGCCUGCGUGUAUGAAUCUCUACAUGCCUGGCCCUGUUUUUUCCCCCCUCUCCCCCUCCUCCUGUUUAUCCAAACACACUGCUGCCUCUCAGUCUUGCAGCCUGUCCCUGCUGUGGUUUGGAUUGGAGUCUCCGCCAUCAUUUUUAUCUGGUGGUGUCUGGCCGCGGUUCCUCCUUUUCUGUACUGGUGAACGGUCUUAUGUUCCACUUUGCUAAUAACGAUACCUGCUGAAAUUCUUCUCUUUGUCUGUAAGCAAAGGGGUCUUCUGAGAUGUCUGUGGUAGACCUCUGUGUUGUAGUAAUACUUGGCGAGGAAUGUUGCCCUCCGACAUUAGCAGAAUAUUAGUGGAACAAAGCCUUUCCCAACACUUGCUCUGUAAAGCAAGUAUGGUGAUUAAUCCCUUUCAUGUCUUGCUUCCAAUAUGCCAAGAGUUUGAAAUAGUUUUUAAUAACCUGGUCUGUAAGCUGUUUGCUUCAAUUUGACGUGUCUCCAUGUAAUCUGAUUACUUUUAAAUACUUACCAACUGGAGAAAACUCAUUAACACAAAACACAAUGGCAUGUCAGAUUAAAUGGAACAUGGCCUAUGAUACUACUCCAUUUCAUUACUCUCAGCUUUUAUCGAGCCACUUCUGUCAUCUGCCAGAAGCCUGCAUGCAGGUUCUCCAUAACCACCUUGUUCAGAAUGCUUUUAAAUUGUGGUCAGCCUUCGCUACCUCAUGACCCUAGACUCGUCUCUGACACCUUCUGUAGAUUUGUCAGAUGACCCAAGUUGAAGGAAGUACAAAUGUUAAACUGUCAGUUCCAUUUUCACAAACUUUUGCUUUAAAAAAAAUCUAUACAAGAUUAAACCUUGAAUGACCAGCUUUUGUUGCUCAUUCGUUGUCUCAUUUUUAUUCCAGGAAGUUCCCUCUGAAGCAGGGAGUGUCUGCAUAUAAAAUGGUCUGCAGUUCUCUGCUUCAUAGAUGCCAUCUCCACCUCCUCUUCUAUGCCCAUGGGAGGUCCUCGCAGUGCUUUUCCUGCCUCUUCCAGCCCCACCAUUCACUCCUCUACCUCAGUCACUGACCGGACCUCCGUUCACGACAACUGCACUCCGGCUGAGGGGGUAAGUACCCGAGGGGGAGCGGAGAUGCUUGGUGUGGAGGGCCAGCUGGGAGGCGCCAGCACGUCCGGGGGCGGAGGUCCCGGCAGCGGCAGUGGUGGAGGUGGUGGUAGCACCAGGGCCGGGGGCAGUGGAGGAGGCACAGGAGGUGCAAGUUCCGGAGCAGGAGGAGCUGGUGCCCAGCACCAGACUACCCCAUCUAAACGGCGCACGGUGCUGAACAUCUCACCACCGCCGGAAGACCUGUUCGACGACAGCCGCAUGUCCUGCCAAGACGAGCUGCUGCCAGACUCAGAGCAGAGCAGCAGCAUGUGGAUGGAUGACUCUGCCUCUAACUUCAGCCUCAUGAGCUCCAAUUCAUACAACGACAACAAUGAGGUGCCCCGCAAGUCCCGCAAACGCACGCCGCGGCAGCGACCCGGGCCCAAGCCCGCCCCGGCCGAAGAGGCCAGCAUGGACGUGUUCGAUGCGGACAGCGCCAAGGGGCCGCACUUUGUCCUGUCUCAGCUGGGCCCCGACAGCAAGCCCUGUCCCAAAGCGAGCUCUACAGAAUGUUCCCCGGCGUCCAGUCAGAAAGGUGGGACGCUGUCGGGCCAGUUCCCGGUGAAGGCCGAAGGCAAAGAGCUGAAGAUCCUGGUGCAACCUGAGACCCAACAUAGGGCACGAUACCUAACAGAGGGCAGCCGAGGCUCAGUCAAGGACCGCACGCAGCAGGGCUUCCCCACUGUCAAGUUGGAGGGCGUGAAUGAGCCAGUGAUCCUGCAGGUGUUUGUGGGUAAUGACACGGGGCGCGUGAAGCCGCACGGCUUCUACCAGGCCUGCAGGGUGACUGGCCGCAACACGACUGCCUGUAAGGAGGUGGACAUCGAGGGCACCACUGUCAUCGAAGUGUGUCUCGACCCCAGCAACAGCAUGACGUUAGCGGUGGACUGCGUGGGCAUCUUGAAACUGCGGAACGCUGACGUGGAGGCCCGCAUCGGGGUGGCUGGCUCCAAGAAGAAGAGCACGCGUGCCCGGCUGGUCUUCCGGGUCAACAUCCCGCGGCCCGACGGCUCCGUUCUCACCCUCCAGGCCCCUUCGUCGCCCAUCCUCUGCACCCAGCCAGCGGGGGUGCCCGAAAUCCUGAAGAAGAGCCUGCAUAGCUGCUCGGCAAAGGGAGGGGAGGAGGUCUUCCUCAUCGGAAAGAACUUCCUCAAGGGAACUAAAGUCAUCUUCCAGGAAAAUGCGUCAGAUGACAAAUCUUGGAAAGCGGAAGCUGAGAUCGACACGGAAUUGUUCCACCAGAAUCACUUAAUCGUCAAAGUGCCCCCAUAUCAGAACCCAGCCAUCUCUGCUCCGGUGUCGGUGGGCAUUUAUGUGGUGACCAAUGCUGGAAGGUCCCACGAUAUUCAGCCUUUCACCUACACUCCAGAGCCAGCAGUGACAGUGGUUGAUGUGUCAGUGAAGACGGAAUCUUCGCCCCCAACCAAACCCUGCUCUUUUGAAGAGCAGAUGAAAGUCAUACAAAGCAGCAACUGUACGCUGGAUGACACUCUGAUGGCGCCCAUGAUGCCUCUCGUUAAGAGGGAGGAGGUCACGCCCAUGGAGGUGUCCAGCAACGCCGCAGCAUCAGCAGUCUUCAAGACGUCCGAUGCGAUCGUGGCUGCACAGCAGCCCCUGGACGUGUGCUCCGGCGUCCCUGCCAGUAGCGGCCCCUUCCCUGGCCCCAUGGCUAGACAGCAGGGCGACCCUGAGCCGCCACAGGGGGCAGUCUUUGCCACGGCUGAGCCCCUAAGCACCAUCCAGAAGCAGGACCUGGCACCCAGUGGCUCGUUCCCCGUGCCGGGAGAUUCCCUGCUCCAGCAGGUACCCCAGUCCUUCCUCCUGGAGACCGCAGAUGGCCUCAGUCGAGAGGCGGCUGAAGGCACAAUGGUAGGCCUCGCCCAGAUGGUGGACGUUCCUCAAGCCCAGACCCAACAGCCACAGCUCCCCCUCUUCUCCCAGGAUGGGGUCGCUCAGCUGGAGAGGGCGGUGAGACAGCUGCAGGCCGGAGGCUUCUCGGCGAGCGGGCCGGGCGGCAGCAGCCUGGUGCAGCAGGUCCUGGAGGCGGCUGCACAGCAGCAGCUCAGCACAGUUUUGUAUAGCUCCGCCCCUCCCCCGGAAAGUGUCCAGCAGCAGGUCCAGGAGAACAUGAACAGCCUGCAGCUGCAGUCCGCUGACAGCCCACUGGCCAAGCAGCAGCAGCAGCAGCAGCAGCAACAGCAGCAGCAAGUCCUGGAGAACCUCCAGCAGCUCCAGUCAGAGCUCUUCCAGCCUCAGAUCCCCAUGCAGUGCUCUAUCUUCCCGGGGGGCUCACGCAGUGAGACCCCUGAGCAGCAGGGCUCUCCGCAGACCCUGGUUCAGGGCCACAGCGCCCUUUUCCAGCCGCCUGAUGGUUUGAUUGGCAGUGCCGCCCAACAGCAGCAGCAGCAGCAGCAGCAACAACAGCAGCAGCAGCAGCAGGUGGCCCUUUUCCAACAAACGGGGGAGCUGCUCUCCAUCCAGACGUCCAGCUUUCUGCAACAGCCUCCUGCCCACCCCUCUCCUAACCAGCAACUCUUUCACACCCCGAGCCCCUUGACAGACACACAGGACCAACAGAGAGCUCUGUUUCACGCCCAGAAGGCCCAGCCCACCCAGGAGCAGGUCCAGGCGGCCCUCUACCAGAACACGCUGAACGUGCUGACUGGCUCCAGCCUCUCUCAGGAGCAGCAGCCCGCGGGCUCCGGCCUCUUCCUGUCACAGAGCGCCCUCCAGGGGCAGCUGACAGCAGAGGCCGGUCAGCAGCAGCAACAGCAGCAGCAGCAGCAACAGCAGCAGCAGCUGGCCUUCCUCACCUCCAUGCAGACACCGGGCGCCGAGCCCCAGUCGGUCUCCGUGUUCCAGGCGCAGCCGCAGCUGGCGUCACUGCAGCAGAGCAGCCCCAUGGAGCAGCAACAGUCUCCCCAGCAGCAGCAGGGCUCCCUCUUCCAGAGCUUGUCCCCCCACACCCCCAGCGGGGCCCUCUCACCCAGCCCCCAGCAACCGCAGCCAGCCACCCUGCUGUACUGUGGCAGCCCCCUCAACCCCCAGGAGCACCCCCCCGCCCUGCUCUUCAGCAGCCAGGCCCAGAUGGGUGCCGGGGGCCUUUCCUCGCAGGAGCCCACAAAUCAGGCGCUCCUCUUCCCUCAGAGCGUUGCCCAGCAGGAGCCGUUGGAGCCAAUGUCCUUCCAAGACCAGAGUUCCACAGUGGGGAACCCGUCCACCAGCGAGUCCCCCAAACAAGGCCUCUUUCAGGAGCAGCAGCCUAUGCAGCUGGUGCCCAGCUCUGCCGGUGCCACCGAGCAGUCCAUCGCCAUCUUCAUGCCCCAGGCCACCAUGACAGCCCUGCAGGGCGGCCUGGGCUCCCGGGAGCUCCCACAGACCUCCAUCUUCGCCACGCAGAACGGGGGCCUGCAGACCAACAGCUCCUCUCCUGUGCAGCAGCCCGGCACGCUGUUCCAGACGCCCGUGAGCGGCGCCAUGAGUCAGCCCGGGCAGGACCAGCCCCCUGGGCUCUUUCUCUUUGGGAUCCAGAACGAGUGCGGUCAGCUCAUAGAUUCUCCUGGGCCCACACUGUCCGACCAGCUCAUCGCUAUGAGUCAGUCGGGCCAGAACCAGCGGGAGAAUGAUGCUCAGAUCCAGUCCCUUCUUAACCAGUCAAUGUCUGAAUCCGGGAACAUGCAGAACAGCCUGACAACCUCCCAGAACAUGGAGAAAAUUGAUGACCUCCUUGUGAGCCUCCAGGAUCAGAGGAACAACCUUUCCCCCCCCUACUAGCAGGACCUUUGGACUCAGAUUCUGGGAGGACUCCCGCCCAUCCCAUACCGGGAUGCUGCAGAGGAGGAGUGAGCGCCCACGGAAUCCUCUUCAAACUAACUGCCCCCUCAAAACAUCAAUGACUUGUGGCUCAAACACAUUACAGCUGAGACCGGCACAGAAGAUCAGUGUCACACCUCAACUGGACCUGGGGGUGGGGGUGGGAGGGGAGAGACAAAGGUUACUUUAUCCUAGUUUGUCACAUUGUUGGAAUAUAAUUGCUAUUCCCCAAGAAAUGACAGAAUCAUUGUUGUAUAGUCCUCUACCGUUAAGUAACAGUUGUUACCAUGUCAGUUGAUGAAACGGUUAAAUGUCUCAGUUCUCAGCGUAGCACAUUGCAGCUCCCCCUACAGGGGGGUAGAUGUCAGUGAGCACACAGGUGCUCUGCACUUUAGAGUGCUGCCUGUGUGUAUUCCUACUGUUUAUGAAACCAUGGUUCUUUUUUAAUGUUAAAGAACCGUUUUAGGUAAAUAAUUGAAAAGAUGAUCUACAACGCAAGAAAAAAUGUCCCUUUGUAUAUUUUUGACAUUAGACUUUCAGCACUUUAUAAUGCUUUACUUUGAGACCAGUUACCCCUUGUACUGACCUGCAGCUCUCUCUCUCUCUCUCUCUCUCUCUCUCUCUCUCUCUCUCUCUCUGCUAUUUCAUUUUUUACAAAUUAUUUGUAAGUCUUUCGAUUGUUAUAUGAACAUCUCUGCCCAUAUUUACUGUACAUAUUUAUAGUAUUUUCUUACUCAUGCAUGCUUUUUUUAACCUAAAUUUUAUAAGGAGUUGGAUUCAUUGAAGCCCCCCCCCCCGCCCCUCCUGCUCCGUUUUUACCCAGAACCUAAAGGGUAUAACGUAAAUUUCUCACACUGGUCGCUCAGAAUGAUGGUAAAGAAGAUGAAGACAAGGGAGAGAUUAAGGGGGGUGAAGAUAUAGGCCAGAAUUUAGGUCAUUCAUAAUAUGCAGUGUGCUCAUAACCAUAUAUAACAGUGUACACAUAAAAUCAGUGUGUGUGUCUAUUCAGAAUAAUGUAGUGUAUAUUGUUAAUUAUACUGUGUGUGUAACUGUAUAUACUUUAUUUGUUAGUGAUGUCUCUACGGUGGAUGUCAUUUUAAUUUUUCAGCAUCUGGCACAUGUAAUAUAAAGGGGUAAAUUGGCAUUGGAUCCUACAGGAGCUCUCUGCCCCUUGUAGUACUAGCGUGAAACGCAUAACACAGCUGUAUGUGUGACUGGAAGGCAGCAAUUUCCCCGCUGUGGGACUCAUUCACUCACUUUUACCUUUGUCAGUUUUUUGCCAUGUGACGUGGUGCUACAUGCAGGAGGGAUAGAGUCUUUUAUCAUGUUAACUAUAUUAACAGUCAUGUUUGUAUUAAUGUCGAUCUUACUGUACAACCCCCGCCCCCCCCCCCCCCCCCCACACUCUUGCAUCAUGCUCCGCACCCGGCUAUGCUCAAAAUUUGGGAAAUCGAAACCCCCCCCUCCUCCCCCAGGCAGAUGUCUGACCUUUCGUCACCUGCCACCCCUUUACACAUCAGCACUUUGCCAACUUUAUGGCUGAAGCUGGCAUAUGUUUGCAUCUACUUUUCUCUUUUAACAGAGUCUAAGGAGUGAAAAUCAUGUGCUUUUUUUUUUGUUUUCUUUAAAACACCUGGUGGUGUGUAAAGCUGUAAAUCUCAACCUGCUGGGUGCUUCUCAAAGCUGCCAAACUCAUUUCUCUUUUUCCACACACGUCCCCCAAGUGUGUGGCUGGAACAGGCAGGGCUCUGGCUGUAGUUUUGUUCAUAGUGAGACUAUGCAGCUAAAAUAUUUGCCGAACCUGAGAGAUUGGUCUCUGUGAUGACGACAAUGAAAAUGCCGCCGUGAAAUCUUCUUUUUACAUCUGUGUCCUUGUUGGUGUUUUUAACUGUUGUUAUAAUAAUUACAUUUACUAAUUGUUGGAAAUAAGCAGCUUUCUAUAGCGGGUGUUUGUGAAGGUCAUCAGUGAAGGGCCCUUUAUCCUCUCAAUACUCAAGUGUUAUCUUUUAGUUGUUUAAAGGAACCUACUGCAGAAACUGUAGCUGCAAGUGGACUUCUGAAGGAAAUUACUGUCUGUGAUUUAGAUUUUUUUUUUUUUCUUCCUUCAACUUGGAUUUUAUUUCCAAUAUGGAUUUUUGUAUAUUUUUAGUUUCGUUUUUCCUGGUUUACAUCUUGGCCAUUGCCUCUCUUUCAUCACAUAUCUGAUUUAUUCACAUUUAAGACUGACAGCAGUGAAUGACAAUUAUCAUCUAAGAUUGGCUUCGUGUACAAGUAAGAUUUUGGUUUAAAUCCACGGCCCAGUUGUUCUUAAUAUUUAUCCUUCUAUAGUUUUCUCAUUAAAAAUUGAUAUUUGGCUGAGCAACUCCCUUCUGAAAUUGCAGUUCAAAAAAUUAUGUAAUCGUAAUGGAACGUUCAGCAUUAUGUUACGACAUUAAUGGAAAAAAAUCCCAGGUGUACCUUGUACACUGUGAUUGAGAGACACGUUUUUAUUGUUUAUAUACCUUGUUUCUUAUGCUUGGUUUUUCCCUAAAAAAGAAGAGUGCAUCAAUAUAGAGAACUGAUGUUUUUGUGGGGAACCUAUGCUGUACUAUCAACAUGUACAACUUAUGCCAUUUCAUCAUGCAAAGCACAGGUUUCCAUGCAUUCUGGGACAACAGUGAUAAGUGACACCAUAUAAGUGGUAAAACAUUAAUCAAAACUCUGAUUUCAGAGAGUCAAAGAUAUGUACUUUGUGUACAUUACCUCAUAAAAGGUGUAGGUUGUACUUAGACCUCCUGCAUCUGAGAUCGGACCAAUUAAGACAUUCUUUAUAUAUUCUUAUACAUAAAAAUAUUUUGGCAGUGGAAUUUGGUAAAAUUUAUUUGAUAAGAAUAAACACAAUGACCCGUAUUUUUCCUUCCAAAUCUCAAGCACACUGUUGUUUUUAAAUAUUACAUAUUAAUAGUUGUGUUUUAGGGGGCCAAUUUUUAGGGGACAUUUCUUUUGCCUUGAUGGUCUUUGAGAUGUUUGGAUGGAACCAUAAUUGCGCAAGAAAAACAUAUUCAUUUGCAUACUCAUGUACAUACACCUAACUGUUAAGACGUUUAAAGAACUACAUUGUAAGUUGAAAGAUGGUAUUUCAUAUUUUGGAAUGUGAAGCAGAUGGCAAGAGUAUUUCAGGCUAUCAGUUAGUACAUUGUUUGAGAUGUCUGUGCCUUGACGAACCUUUUAUGUGUUUUUAAUCAAAAUGUAAUUUCCUGUACCAAUGCUGCCUAUUUCCUUUUGUCAGUGGUACAGAUGUUAGUGGAUGUUAUUUUCAGUAAUGACUUGCAAGCCAUUGCAUCAGAUGUGUGUGGUGGACUAUUGCCCAUAAAGAAUAACCUGUCCCUUUCCCCUCCCUAUCCAGAGACCCCGUAAGUGGGUGCAUCUGUGAGUUCUUUUUUUGUAUAACUCAUUUUUACAAAAGCAUUGAAUUUAUCUUGUGAGACUUACCUACAGUUGAAGUCUUGUGUCAAACUGCUAUGCAGCUUGAUUUGGUACAACUGUAAACCUGUUACUACUUUUUUCUUGUUAGCCACUUGUGAUUUUUCAUUACAAGAGGAAGGGGAAACUAUGACUAAAUAUUAUAAUUAUGCUGAUUUAUUUAUGUAACUUAUGGGUUUUUUCUUUUUUGUUUGUUUGACGCCAAGGCAGUUGGCCAUGUUGCCCUGGGGCCGGGGUGGGUUGUGGGUAGAGGGGGUGGGGGGUUAGAGAGCUCAUAACCAAUCAACAUGACCUAAAAAAUUUCACUGAAAGUUUAAACACACCCAUCACCAGCGUUUUUGUGUGUCUUUUGUUUAUAUUCGUUUUAUUUUGCCUUUUGAAAGUAUUAUCGGUCAGCUUUUGCACCAUUCUCAUUGUGUGUCCCUUUAACCCAUUGUUUUGAUGUGAACGCUUGCUUUAUCACCUGUAGAUGUGUCCUUUAUUUCUGAGCUUUAGUAGUUGACAAACAGCACUGAUUUGGGAGGAGUCUGGAGAAUAGUUUGCCUAUGUGUGUUUAGCUACCUAGGUGAACAACUAAUUAUUAAAAUGGAGAAAUAUAUGUAUUUUGCUUUUGUCAAGACAUUUGUAUACUCUUGCAAUUAUAUUUCUGUAUACUUGCUGCUAUCUAUAUCAAUAAAAAUAGAUUUUAAGUU